AGAUUAUCGGAUUCGGUGCGAUUCGACUCGAACGCUCAGUUGUAUCGUCGCUUCGGGAAGGAUUGGACGCGAAUCAUUCGUGUUCUUAUCGUGCGGUGUGCGGUGUUGUUAAGUUGCGUACAGAACGGGCUGUUCCGUGGUUGAAUACUUGCUUGGGGAUAGCUGAAAAAAAGGAUCAACUUAAUUUUUUACUGCUGUGGCAGCAGGUGAGAGCUGGCAGAGGGGCCCAUCAAUCAAUCAAGCUGGGCCGACGUUCCUUUUUUCGGCAGAAGGACAAGUUCGCAACAACGAAGUUGUCGGUGGUGUUUCGCGGGGUGGGAGUUCAUAAAUAAGUGACAGAAGAGACUGGUUCGGGUGUUUUCUUGCCCCCUUGUGGCCCGCGCAGACGGAGACAGCUUGAACCACCCGCAGAGGGAAUGGACCGCUGUACGGAAAUAUGCGAAUCAUAUCGCAUUCGUAGUUAGUGAUACAUAUUGCAUGAGCCUGUCGAAACGCCCGGAAAGCGGGGCCCGGAUCAAAGUGGUGUGCAUCCAGAGGGCAUUUUCCGUGUGUAGUUUACAUAGCUGCCAUCUGUCCAGUUCGAGACACCACGUCCCCAAACGUCCGAUAAGAGCUAGCGUGGAACCUUCGUCUAGCGUGGCAAAUACAGAAAAAAAGGCAGAAACCACACAAGAGAUUGGGGUGAAAUUGUCGAAUCGUGUGACCCUCUUUGUUUUUUUAUUUAUUUUUUCUUCGUUAGCUGCUGUGUGAACAUUUCAACCCUGAGUGGGUGCUGGAUGAGAAUCAACAAAAUUCCUCCUGUGAGUGCGGUUCGCCACAAGCACAGGACGCUACCCAGGCUCGCUUCUGUCCCGAAACUGCAAGGCACGACUUUCUAGGCCAACCAUGAACAUGUGCUCUCGGCCGGGCCAAACUGUGAAUAAAUCGAUGUGGUUACAAGCCUAAAGGACCUCGUGGCAAAGUAUUUUUUGCAGCUUUGCAGCUGGCAAAUUGGAAUAAUAAUCGGUUUUACAAACCUAAGCCGUUGUUCGCUCUGGUUAGUGCAUACUUCAUAGCCCUAGGACUCCAUUCAGCGGUGCACAUUGUCCACUCGGUGAGUUGGUCCACACACCCACCCACCUAAAUAAACACCCACACACACAAUAGGGUGACGACCGAAAUCACAUUAUUAAUUUCGAAAGGUGUUGAUGAAGUGUGGUUCCAUUGCGAUGUGAUUUGCCAAUUAGUGUGCGAAAACGUUCGUGCUAAUUAAGUCCUAGUGAACAAUUGGGGAAAGGCAACACAACAGGACAAACCAUAAAACCCCUUUCGGAUCGGAACGGAACACCGCGACCGGAUGCACCGAGGGGGUGGUGGAUGUGGAUGUGUGACGACGAUUGACACAAAUGGGUGAUAAUUAGCGUCCGCGCGAAAAUCGACUACCGCCGAAGCCCGGAAUCUGCGACACGAGAGAACGAUUGUGCGACCGUCGACAUUUUCAACACCUUCGCCGUCGUCUUCGCAUCGCUUCGCGUUGAACUCUAAGCCAGGGUCGGCGGACCCCACUGGGAACACCUCGACACCUUCCCGCCCGUACGACGCAACAUCCCUUGGGUGGAAUCAUUCUUCCGGCCGUACAUCGGAACAAGACGACGACGAGUGGAAACACCGUAGAGUACACCGUGAACCCACCCACAACAUACGAGGCAUCCCGCCAUAACCCACUGACUGUGGACGAGGAGCUAAAGUAUGUGCAUAUAAGCUACCGAAUUCCUUCGCGGAGCUGAAUUUUUUUUCGUCCUUCUAAGCGAGCGCGUGUAUGUGUGUGUGGGUGUAUGUGACUCGCCUCGUUCAGUAACGUCAAGCGAGAGACACGAAACGGUGUGAGUUAUGAUACGAGGAAAUAUUAAUAGCGCCAGUGGUCGUUUUCCUCCUUCUCGACGUCGUCAAGGAGCGCAUUAAUUUCCCCAACUGUCUGAUGUGCUGAGAGUGUGGGACCAACAUCAUCGCCAAGGUACAGGUACACACCUCUGGUGUUCAGGCAUUGCGACGCAACCUGUUGGAAGUGUGCUGAUUCCACCAUCUGACCUGCUUUUUGAGGGGGUGAGAAGCCCAACAGAGGCUUCGCCAUUACGGUUGGGAAAAUCCGGCUUGUUUGAAGUGCAACCAGGUUCGGAGAGCUCAUCGCACGAAAAAAGGCGGAAGAAAAUUUAAAUUACCUAACACCGUGUAAUGAUAAGUGAAAAUUAAGUGAAAGAUCCUUGAUAAAACAUUUCCCGCUUUCGCGCUGCUAUCCUGCCUCGUAGUGAGAGAUAGGGAUAGUGUGUAGAGCGGCACGACUGAUAAAGGAAAAUAAAUUGCUUUUCGCUGAACUGCUCCUCCACUCGAGCUACAAUAAAUAGGUGCGGCUGCGAACGGAGAAAAAUUCAUCGGGAUUUCAUCGUGUGGAUUGAAUAUCUGCGCCUGGCAGCCAUUGCAAGAGCUGCAAAUAAAGGCCAAGUAAAGCCGGCAAAAUCUGUGGGGCAGCAAAUAAAGGAAAAUAAAUUAAAAUUCAUAUUCAUAGAUAAAUUACCUUCCGUGUGGUUUCAGGCCUGUGUGUGUGUUGAGAGUACAUAGUACGAGUGGAUUAAAAUAGUGAAUAAACGUACUCGACCUAGUUAAAAAUCUGCGAGCUUCGAUAAAAACGAUUCCGAUGAGAAUAGUAAAUUGGGUUAUUGGAUUUUAGCAAUACACAAAGCGGCACAAAAGAUUGCUGUCAUCAUGAGAUCUUUGCUGUGGUCACAUUUGGUGUGAGCCGCGACGCGGAGGAAAGUGCAAAGACGCAUCUGCCGCCAGUUAUCACCGAAACAUUUCAACCGCUGACGGAUGACGAUGACCAUUGUCGCCUGGUGUCAACCGACUAAGACGUUCACCCCACGCACCGAAAGUCACUGCCGCGUCGUCGUUACAGUUUUUAAUUAAAACUUCAUUUCACUCACCAAAAUACACAACCAUACACACACACACACGCACGUUAGCGGGUGAGGCAGAAAGUCACAAAAUGACGACGAGAUUACGACCGGCGGCCGCCAGCUGUCGGAUUAUCAUCUACUCGACAACGCUCAUCCUGUUGGUAUUUCUGCGGCAAGUGUACUCGUUCUGUCCGUCGAUAUGCACGUGCGAGGUGGACCCGAAUGUGCGCACGUGGUGUGUCGGUGCCGGUCUGGAUGUGGUACCGAUUCAGCUCAAUCCGGAAGUUCGGUUCAUCAACCUCACAUCGAACGAUAUUACCAAUUUUCAUUUCACACUAAGUUUCUACCACAAGCUGGAGGUUCUGGAUAUCUCAUUCAACAAGAUUGAAACGCUGGGUUCGAGGAAUUUCGAAACGCAGGAGAAUCUGAGAAUGUUAAAUCUGAGUGACAACGCGAUUGUAAGCGUUCCAAAGGAUGCCUUUAGGGGCUUGAAGAGAUUGCAGAUACUGAAAAUGUGCAACAAUCGGAUAGAGAGCAUCCAUCCGACGGCUUUCCUAGAUUUGCGGAAUUUAAUCGAGCUUGACUUCUCCAACAAUGCCAUAAUCUCGCUGGACCACGGAGUACUCCGGCAUCUGUAUUCGUUGGAGACCCUAUCUUUCCAAAACAAUCAAUUACUGGAGGUGCCCUACGAUCACAAUCUCGAGCAUCUUUCGCGCCUCCAAUCGCUCGAUCUGUCCGUCAAUUUGAUCAAGUUUAUCGCCAACGAUAGUUUCGUCAACCUUCGCGAAUUGCGGACACUUAAGCUGGGCGGUAACGUCCUUACCGAGCUGGAUUACGGUGCAUUCCACGGAAUGAGUGCACUUCGAUCCCUCGACCUCGCUGACAAUAAUUUUACAGUCGUGCCAACACUGCAAUUAUCAAAGUUGUGUAAUUUAACGUAUUUAUCGCUGAGCGGAAAUUAUUUCGAAACACUACCGACUGUGGCAUUCCUAAAUCUGUUCCAGCUACGACAGCUCCACCUGGACCGCCUCGACGGCCUGGAGCGGAUAGAUGUUAGAGCUUUCGUGGACAACACAAACCUGCACACACUGACGCUGGACGACAAUCCAUCAUUCGCCAGCCUGCCACUGCGACUGUUCCACGGCAAUCCACACCUGGUGGAAAUAUCAAUGCGUCGCAACGCGCUGAUACGCCUCGAUGCGGUGCAGUUCCCACUGGAUCGACUCCAUCGGCUACGGUUGGCCGAGAAUCCACUGGUGUGCAACUGCUCCCUGCUCUGGUUGCGACGGUUGACCGAGGAAGGUGACCCGGACGAUGAGUUCCAGCUGACAUCCGCUGCCCUAACAAGCAGCGCUAGGGCUACGAAUGACGCCGAUGUUUCCUCCCAACCACUGGUCAUCGAUCGGGAUGAGAUAGGCUGUGACCUGUACGAGGACGGACGGAAGAUCCGUAGAACCCUGAAAACAAUGACCGAUUCGGACCUGAACUGUCCAACCCACGUCGUGACGGUGAUCAGUGCGAUAUUCAGCAUGCUCCUGCUUCUGGCCACCGGUGCCAGUGUGCUCUAUUUCUUCCGACUCUCAAAACGGCGGAAAAAGCUGCUGCACGAGGGGAAAAUCGUAAACGAUUUAAUUGUGCCACAAAAAGUAGAUAAGUUAGAAUUAGAACGCUAUCUGGCCCAGCAGAGUAUGGCGAGCGAGUACCGACCACUGCGGGGUGGUCCCUGGGAGGUUACACCGAUGCUGAAGGAGGACCAGUUCCACUACGGUAGCGUGAUCCAUGAGCCUGAUCACUACGAGAGCUUCGAGUACUACCAACAGCAUCCCCCACAGCAGCAGCAGAAACGAACCCUCUCGAGGCCGCACAUUGUGUACGUAUGACUCUAGACCGGUCGGAGGAUCCGUAGUAGCUGCAGUGGUGGUAGUAAAAAUCUCGUCAGCAACAGUGUGCGGCCGCUUCUCGUUGAUAGCGCUGUUUGAGAUUUUGAUUUUUUUUUUUUUCUGCUUUCUUUUUCCUUUCCAUCUACUGGGAAAAAGGUAUUCGAGCUACGGGCUGGAAGGUGAGGCAAAUUAAGUCGCUGUAAAAAUUUACAUUAGAACAUCCCCAAACAAAUAUGCGUAUGCGUGUUUUUUCUUCUCUCUCGUAUCUGUCUGAUACAUGUAAAUAGAAAGGAAUGUGAAUAGGCCAGGAGCAAAAAAUCCAGUCAAGGAAACGUAUCCAGCAGAAGCGAGUAGAAAGUAAUGAAGAUAUGAAUAUUUACAGGAGCUGGGAUUAAAUUAUAUUUAAUAUUAAGCAGAGGGGGGAGUGAAACCAGUAGAAAUGACGAUAAAUCUGAUUAAUGAGAACGCACUGAAACCGAUUGAAAGCAGCGAAGGCUUUGGAGCUGUAGGCGAGGUUUCUUGUUCCUUGGGAUGGUAACUGCUGCGGAUGAUGAACGGAUUUGCUGGAGGAAAAUGAUUAUGCAAAAAACUGAAUGCCUGUGGUUGUAGCUUUGAGUGAAUAAGACUGCAUACUCAAUGGAUUGAAUGCGUUCGUUUGCAGUUUUAAUUCAGUUUUUUUCCGGUGAAAACGAUUCCAGGGUAAUAAGGCUCGCCGGAUGGAUUAUACGAGUACUAGAAAGAAGUCCAUGCUAGUGGAAAAUUUUCCAAACAAUUUUUGUCUUCUUUUUUGCUUUCAAUCUUGCAAACAUAAUUAAUUGCAUCAUUUUUUAAUUGAAAAAAGAUGCAACAUUUUUUUUGUUGUGUCUCAUGUUACACAAAUUCGCAUAAAAAAAUCAUUCCUAUAAGAUUAUUCAUGUGCUGUACGGACAACUACGUAAGCUACUAAAUGUAAGGAAUUCUUCGGAAUAUAUAGUAUUUCAACAGUUUUUUUUUUGGUUUUUGUUCUCGAGAGGUUAGCGUCGCACCUAUCAUACCGGGGAUUUUGGUUCUGUCAUUCCCGUUCUGACCGAGGAAUUUCUCAUGAACAGAAUUUCUUCCGAUUUGAUUUGUGGUCACGCGUAUCCGUUUGAACUAAUGGCUACAUGGGUUUAAUUUGAUAUGUUGAUCAUCUAAAUCGAUCAAGUAGUUCAAAAGCUAUGAAUUAUUGAAUAUAAGUAAUUUUUGAAAAAUAGGGGAAAAAUUGAUUUUACGAAUCACUCUAGAAAUGAAAUUGGCACACUAAUGAAAAAAAUUAAAAUAAUGCGGGUCAAAUAUUUUGCGAUGAGAAACAAAGUUACUAUUUUUUUCGAAAAUCUUAGAUCCUCUACUUCGGUUUGGCAUGGAACGGUUGCAUAUCUACAGAUUUUUAUAACUUUUUGGGUCCAAGAAUCUGUAUUUACAGAUUACAGAUUUUUUUUUAAUCGUUUGAAUAAAAAAAGAUGGUCCUUACUGGGAUCCGUCAUUAACCGUCAUUACUAAGAGAAGUUCAAUCAUAACCGAAACCACACAGAAAAACGAACUUUGAUUCAUUUGAACGACUCAAUGAUGCUGCGGAUUACUGAUCUAAGAAUGUAUAUAAAGUACCAGGAUCAGAUUUAGGAGAUUUCAAACAGCAUCUGAAGAAGCCACAAUAUAUCUAUAAAUUUUCAAAAAAGCUGUUUCUUUUAUUUUAUGAAGCAUUAUAUUUUUACAACAGUGUAUAUGCUUGCUGGCUCUAGAUGGAUACCAUCAACAUCUCGCCAAAUCAAUUAUAACCAGUCUUCAGAAUGCAACGCGGUGCAGAUGUGUAACAAGGUUAUUGUAAUCAGUUGAGCUCUCACUCCUUGUAUACACAUGCGCUCUGGCGAAUGAGCAUGCUCCGAAACACAGAUCAAAGUUUCGCUGUCAGCACCGUUUUUGUACCGAGUUGAGCACUGUGCUUUGCGAUGUGUUUUGCGCCGUGUUUAGCACCGUAUUUCUAUACCUGUUUUACACCGCGCUUCAAUCUGAUAUUGGCUUUCUCUGUUGAGUUAUUUUUUUUUCACACAAGCGUUUACGGUUGGUAUGUAGGCGUGCUGUUGUUUUUAUGCUUUGCUUAGAGCGAGUGAAAACAAAACAGGCGCUAGAAUUUGAUGCGUGUGUAUACAAGGUGAGAAGCGAUGUUAAGUAUCUGAGUUCUGCGCUGUGUUCAUUCGGCGUUCUCGUGUUUAAAAUUCAGAACACUUCGUACCAAGAGAAAAUAUGAGUUUGUUAUGAACUCGCGCUGGUGAAAAUUGAACUCGAGUGCAGCGUAUGUUUUGUGAAGACCAAUUAUAACUAUGCCAAAUAAUGAUAUUAUCGUUAAGAUUAUGCUCUAUAAUCGGACCAAUAAGUUCAAUAAAAAUAUCAAUACAGAUUUUCUGAGAAAAAAAACCAAGAUAAAAAGUUUUUUUUUUCAGUCAAAAAAUACAGAUUUUUUACUGUGACAACCCGCUUGUCUCCAGGGUAGCAAAAUCUCAGACUCAUUUUACUGACAGCACAAGAUAUUGAGACAACAUGAAAUUCAAUCACCAAUGCCUCUACAGUUCAUGACAAAUGAACCAAACUUAAUUACAUUAACAAACUUAAACAUUUGUUUUUUUGAAUCACACAGUGGAAGGGAACAAAAUUCCAUUCAGAGAAAUAUCAUCUCACUAACACCGCGUCAGAUGUUUAUACGCGUGUUCGUAUGUAUGCUCUCCUGGUUUGUUUCCAGCCCGGUCCGGUUUUUGUGCCGCUUAUUGCACACAAAUCGAUGAGCAACGGCACGGUUUAUGGUUUUAUGACCAACGAAAAUUUCACCAGGAUGUAAUGAAAGGUGAUAUUUACGACUUAAGCAUUCACUGACAUCGAGAAUGAACUUAUAGUUCUGUCGAUGGAACGAAAAUUAUAUUGAAACAAACGUGAUGGUGAGCCAGCAGUCAAAUCCUUAUAGGCACCGUAAUAGAAAGAAGUGAAGAGUGUCGGUGGAGAUAUUUUGCACUGACAAAAUUUGCUUUUCGAUUUCAAUAUGUUCUUUCGAAAUUUUACAUCCAUGCUUGUCACUCAGAAUAAAUUCAAGAUGAACAACUAUCGAGAUGCCUUUUGAGUUUUUAUUGUAAGUGAGGGCAUGCGGAUUAUGUAUGAAAUAUCUUCGCAUUGGACACCUCGGUUCCUUUCGCUUGCCUUAAUCCAUUUCCAAUAACUUUUCCGCACAAAUGGAGCAAAUCAGGGUUGUCAAAAUAUACAGAUUAUUCUGUAUUUCUACAGAUUUUCCAAUUUGUCUAAAUCUAAAUAAAUCAAUCAAUGAACGUUAAAAUAAAUAAUAAAAACUGUUCGUGCCCAUGAACGCAUCCUGUUGAAGACAGUUCGACUUUUAUUGUUGUUGUGAGGUUGAGAACCAUGGUCGCAAAUAUUCGGUGGCGGUUCUUCUGCUCAAUUCCAGGAUUGAAAUUUUGGGGAUGUUUGAAAUGGACCUUGUUCUUCAAAUAUUUACAAAGAACGAAAUGGAUUAAAUGGGCAUAUCUAUGCAGCAUAUUGAUGGCUGCAAAUCGUGAAAUAACGUGGCCAGGAAACUUCGUGCGCAAUAACUCGAUUGUUUAGCAACUUGUAUGGAAUUGAAAUGAAGAUCGUUCGUAUCCAUAUUCUCGAAUUCAGAACACAAAAAAUGGUUCAUCAUGUCUCUGUAUCGUGUUCCAUUGCACAAUGGUCCAGGAGAUGCAUUUGAGUGGAAAUUAGCAUUUAGAGCUCGACAGUUAUUCUCUAGACAAAAACUGUCUUCGACAAAGUUGUUACAUAUUAUAGAGCGCUCAUUUUUAGGUUGCCAAAAAUAGGUUGACCAACAUUUUCGAUGAAAUAAAAAACCUAACUUUCUUAUCUUUAUAGAUAGAGAUAAACAUAGCUAGACAAUAUUGUAGCCCAAAUUAUUUUAAUCAACUUUGUAGAACAAAGCUUCUUACUAUCUUUUAAUAAAAUCGAUUGUGUGCUUUUUUCUUAAGUUGCAUUAGGGUGACCAUGGAAAAGCGGGUUUUUUGCUUCUUCUUGAAUGGCGUUAACGUUCCCUGUGGAACUUUUGCCGUCUCAACGUAUUCAUUAACUAGCGUCGUUCAUUAAUACUUGGUUGAGAUUUCUAUGCCGAAUAACACGCCUUGAAUGUACUGUAAAGUGGCAAGCUCUAGAAUACGCGUGACCACAGUGCAAGCCGGAAGAAUUUUCUUUGACGAAAAAUCCCCCAACCAGAACGGGAAUCGAACCCGAACACCCGGCAUGAUAGUGUGGGACGCUAACCACUCGGCCACGGGUGCACAUAAAAUUUGCUGGGUUUUUUGCUCUAACUUCUAUAUUUAGAAUUCUACAUCGAAGCUGUCUUGAUAUAACUUUUAGAGCUUAUCAAGACCAACAUUUUGCGGUACAGAACUUGUCAAUAUCCUAAUCCUACUCAAAGUUAUUGAUGGUUUUUCACCUAAAAACUAAUGAUUUCAAUUUUAAUUUACUCAAACAUGAAAAAUAACAUAGUUUUGAAAAUCAUAUAUUAUGUAGAGUGAACUCUGCUCUUUGAAAUGCCACCAAUAAACUUUGUUUAUGUUUGCCCCAGAAAGAAUGGCAAGCAAUUGAAGAGAGCGUAUUUUAUGGUAAGAAAUAUCAAUAACAUUGAGUGAAGUUGAGAUAUUGACAAGUUCUGCAUCGAAAAAUGUUUGUAUCAUGUUAUAAAAGUCUUUCGAAGACAGUUUCUAUGAAGAAUUUGAAAUAUAAAUGUUAGAGCAAAAAAAACAGUUUUUUUAAUGGUGACCCUAACGCAACUUAGGAAAAGGCGCUAUAUCGGUUAUUUCAAGAGAUAGAAAAAACUUUGUUCUUCAAAGAUGUCUCAAAUAACAAAUAACAAAUAACUACAAAAUUGUCGAACUAUAUUUACCUCUAUCCAUAGAGAUAAGAAAGUAAGAUUUUUUAUUGCAUCGAAAAUGUUGGUCACCCUAUUUUUGGAAAUAUGAAAAUGAGCACUAUAUUAUAUAUUACAACUUUGUCGAAGACAGUUUUUGUCUAGAGAAUAACUGUCGAACUCAAAAUGCUAACUUCCACGCCGCGGGACAGUCCCGCAUUUCAACUAAAUGUCCCGCGUAAGAUUCCGUCCCGCGAAACGUCCCGCAUUUGGCAAAAGAAACGAAAAUAUCAAUCUAUUUCAAUAUCACAAUUUGAUCAUGUUGAUUUUCUUAAAUGGAUGAACUUCAAAAAAAACCUUUUAUUUGGCAGACUGUUCGAGAGCGCUUCUAAUGCAUCCAAAGGUUAAUACGUUGAGCUGGUUUCAUCACACCGACAGUGGGCUUUUUGUUUAGAGAGUGUCAACUGGAAGCGACAGCAACAAAGUUGGAAAAUUAUUUUUAUAAAAGUCCCCUAUUGAUCCGCAGGGACUAACGUGAGUCAGACGAAAAGUUCAUCUUUGGUCCCCUAGCUCGGUCAGGGCUUAACAUCUUAAAUAAGCCGUAGGAACUAGUGUAUACUAGACAGGAAGAGGCAGAAAUGUUUGAUGAAGUAUCGUAAAUGAAGCGCUAGGCGGUCUUACGGAAGUUGGCCGGAACCUCAACCAUGGCCGAUGAAAAGAUGUAUAUCGGCGUGUUAUUUUACCUUUUCGUGGCUCUGGUGGCCGUCGGUUUCUCUAUUUUGGCCAUUCGCCCAAAAGUUUUCUAUUGGUAGCAGCUGGGGAAUGUUGGGAAGGUUGAUGGUCUUAUUGACAAUGUUUAUCUCUAGCCGAUCCAUCCUCCAGUGAUCUUUUGGCAUAAUGGGCUGAUCCCAGGUUCGGCAUAAAGACCUCAUCACCUUCCCAACUCCGGCAAGUACAUCGUACUAUAUAUCUCCCCGUUCACCAUAUGACUCGGAAGAAGAGCGGCUUGGACAUUCCCUUCACGUCUGUCAGAGAAGGACCUUCUUCAAGAACUUGAUGUGGAUGAUAUAUUCGACGUCAUCGCUUACCUGGGGAACGUAAAGUAUCCGGUCCCUUGCCAUUCGUUGAAUUCUAGCAUCAAGUACGUCUCGUCUUUCAUUAUGAGCACGGAAAAAGUUUUUCACUUCUUUCGCCGGAAAGAAGUUUUUCACCAACACCUCAAGCUACUCCUUCUGGGUGAUUGCCUGCUGCUCAGAUACGGCCGGUCUCGUCUGACGCUUCCACAUAAAAAUGUCCAUUUUGGCCACAUUCUUCUUCACCGUUUGAUUCGAUCUCCCGGCUUAAGGAGCGGCAAAGAGAUGAUAUUUUAAAUACCAGAUCGGCUAUAUCUGGCGGACACAAAGUGCCUCAGGAUGUAUAACUCCUUCACUGUGGGGUGGAGCUUGCAGUAUGGAAAAAUCAUCAAGUUGCUUGACAGUGCUGCUGCAGCGAAUCAGCAGGAUGAAUAAUUUUUGUUGUCGACUUAAUAAACGUAAGAUUUAAAGAAAAUUUGUUCAUAUAAAUUGUCUUUCAUCGCCAUCCGAAAUUAGUCCAUUUUUCGAAUGAAUACGUUAACACUAAAAUCGAUGAAAAAUGAAUUGGAAUUUUCGAGCAUUUCAUUCGGUAAUUUGAAGAAAAUUGUAGAAUUUGUAUCGUGCUUGCUAAGCGUAAGUGCUCUGAUUGAGACAGUGAUUUUUGAGCGUAAACAAAAUCUAAACCUACGAAAAAUCACAACUGCUCUGACCAUCUGGUCACUUUAACUUAAAUGCAUCUCCUGUACCAUUGUGCAUUGACCGUAACAUUAUUCUAAGCAUCGGUAUCGAAAACUAAUGAUCCAAUGACACCUCUUCCCCAGAAAAUAGCAAUUUCACCAGUCUUUACUAUGAAAAAAUUAUCAUUGUUAUUGCUUUUGCAUCAUAUUUAGCUGAAUUCAAUUAAUAAAACAUAAACGAAACUCAAAGUAAAAAUAGAGAACAAGUAUGAAUGCUCGAGUCCGAGAAAUAAUAAAUCACGCAAUAAAAGCAAAAAAAAA